AUGCUGCAGGUGCUCUUCCUAAAAACUCUGGCAAGAAUGGUGCGCAGACAACGCAUGGUACCAGACGGGGACUUUUUAACUGACGACUUACGGAAAUCAAUUAGAGGAGAAGACUUAAUCAUCCAUGAAAGUGACAACCUCCUAAUUCUGUCAAUACCUCUAAACUUACAGCUUCUUGCUUUCAAAGACCACUGGCUGUGUGAUAGCACAUUUGAUUCUGCGCCAGUAGGCUUUCAGUUAUAUACAGUGCAUGUUAUGCUGGAUGAGAGCCAUACAAUUCCCUUGGUAUACUGCAUCGCAAGGAACAAAACCCAAGCAACUUAUGACUUGAUUUUUAGCACCCUCAAGCAAGUGAGACCAGAUCUCAAUCCUGUUUCAGCCACCAGUGACUAUGAAAGAGCGGCUCUUAAUGGCAUCACAACAUGUUUCCCAAACACAAAUAUUUUUGGAUGUUUUUUCCAUUACGGGCAGUGCUUGUGGAGACAAAUACAGGGCUUAGGACUACAGACUUGGUAUAAUGACCCAAGAAAAGCACUCAUCGUCAAGUCCGUUCAAGCUUUAGCAUUUGUGCCAGUCAGUGACGUUACUGAAAGCUUCAAUGAAUUUGUCUCAGCACUAGAUGAUGAAACUGAUGAACUUCUAUCUGAGUUUCUUGGCUACUUUGAAGCGACAUGGAUUGGUGUUGUACAGCGUGGAAGACGACGAAGACCAGCAUUCGAACUCAGGCUGUGGAACAUAUUGGAGAGAAACACACAAGGCCUUCCACGGACAACAAACUCUUUUGAAGGAUGGCACAGAGGGUUUGAGCAGAGAAUGGCAAUCACCCACCCCACUGUUUGCCGUCUUGUUUCAAAACUAAGAAAAGAGCAGUCGGAUUGGGAGUUGACAAUUGAACAGACAGCAGCAGGAAUGGUAUUGAGGAAACCGAAGAAGAAGCACCAGAUAUUAAACACAAGACUGAAGUCUGUCAUUGAGAAAUAUGAGGAGUAUCCCAGAAUCGACUUCUUGAGAGCAAUUGCCCACAAUCUUUAA